CACCAGCCGAAAGGAAGCCGUCUCCGCGGCCACCCCGCCUGGUCAUCCCGCGGCGGAGAGCAUGGAGGUCACCACGGAUCAGCCCCGGUGGGUCAGCCACCACCACCCGGCCGUUCUCAACGGGCAGCACCCGGAUUCCCACCACCCGGGACUCAGCCACUCCUACAUGGACCCCACGCAGUAUCCUCUGGCGGAGGAAAUGGAUGUACUUUUUAACAUCGACGGGCAGGGCAACCACGUUCCUUCCUACUACAGCAACUCGGUGCGGGCCACGGUGCAGCGGUACCCCCCGACCCACCACGGUAGUCAGGUGUGCCGCCCACCUUUGCUGCACGGUUCUCUCCCUUGGCUGGAUGGGAGCAAAACCUUGGGAGGCCAUCACAGUGCUACUCCUUGGAACCUGAGUCCCUUCUCCAAAGCCCCCAUCCAUCACAGCUCGCCGGGACCUCUUUCCGUCUACCCUCCAGCUUCUACCUCCACUCUGUCUGCCGGCCACUCCAGUCCUCACCUUUUCACUUUCCCGCCGACCCCUCCUAAAGAUGUGUCUCCAGAUCCCUCCAUCUCCACCCCGGGCUCCACUGGAUCCAGCCGGCAAGAAGAGAAGGAGUGCAUUAAAUAUCAGGUGUCCUUGGCUGAAACCAUGAAGCUGGAAUCCUCUCACUCUCGGAGCAACAUGGCCUCCUUAGGAGGAGCCUCUUCUUCUGGUCACCAUCCAAUUGCCACGUACCCGUCCUACGUUCCUGAAUAUGGCUCUGGACUUUUCCCCCCAAGCAGUCUCCUAGGGGGAUCGCCAACUGGAUUUGGGUGCAAAUCCAGACCCAAAGCUCGUUCCAGCACAGAAGGCAGGGAGUGUGUAAACUGUGGAGCUACCUCAACCCCACUAUGGAGGAGAGAUGGCACAGGGCAUUACCUCUGUAACGCCUGUGGAUUGUAUCAUAAAAUGAAUGGGCAAAAUCGGCCGCUGAUAAAGCCCAAAAGAAGACUGUCAGCUGCAAGGAGGGCUGGGACAUCGUGUGCAAAUUGCCAGACCACAACCACUACCCUGUGGAGGAGGAAUGCCAAUGGCGACCCAGUGUGUAAUGCCUGUGGGCUGUAUUAUAAGCUCCACAAUAUUAACAGACCCCUGACCAUGAAGAAGGAAGGCAUCCAGACCAGAAACCGAAAAAUGUCUAGCAAGUCAAAAAAGAACAAAAAGGUUCACGACAGCCUGGAUGAUUUCCCCAAGAGCAGCUCCUUCAACCCGGCCACCCUUUCCAGACACAUGUCUUCCAUCAGCCACAUUUCGCCGUUCAGCCAUUCGGGGCACAUGCUCACCACGCCCACCCCCAUGCACCCAUCUUCCAGCUUGUCUUUCGGACCUCACCACCCAUCGAGUAUGGUCACCGCCAUGGGCUAAGGAGCAUAUCUCAGAGAGAAGAGACUUUCCUGCUUAAAAGAAAAAGAAAAAAAAAAGAAAGAAAGAAAAAAAGAAAAGAAAAAAAGUCCCCUUUUUAAUGUUCUCAAAAUGAGAGGUACCUUUAUAUACUUGCCUCAUUUGAGGCAAGCAUUCUUGCCCUUCAAAACUCUUGGCUGCAGAUGGAGAAACAGGACAGGAAAAUAAAAGAAAAUGGAAAUUGUAAAGCUGGCUGAAGUCCUCAGAACAAAAGAAACCGAGCAAACGUUAAUGUGGAAAGUUGACUGUUGGCUGCUUUCUCAAGCGUCUUUGUGCUUCUCAACCACCGAAUCGGGAUCCCAUUUGUGAAUAAAUCAUUGCAACGCAACUUCAUUGUUGAACUGGGUUUUUAGUGCUGUGAAAUAAUAUUAAUAUUAAUAAUAAUAAUAAUAAUAAUAAAACCACACCGCCCACCCUCUUCCCCCCUUGCCCCCUGCCCAAAGUAAAGCAGAUAGUUGCUGAACACUGUAUAACUUAUAUUGUAAGAAAUAUUGUACAUUUUCGAGGAAGACUCUGACGACUGGGUAGCUGUAAAAAAAAAGAGGGGGGAAAAAACAGGAAAGGAAAAGAUUUGGAGAUGUUGAUAGUACAAGUCAAGUACCAUGCGAAGCAUUUUAUGGUACGGUCUGAGAAGAAUGAGGUCAAACCGGCAAAUGGACAAAUUGCCAGUUAUGCUUUUUUGCUGUUUCUCUCUCUCUCUCUCUCUCUUCACAUACUGGCUGAGAUUAUUUUGAUGCGUUAAAGAUAAAUUACAUCCAAGUUGUAAGCAAACCAUCCAUUCCAGGCGAGGGGCCUCUGAACAACGGAGCGGUUGAACGGUUUCGGGGCGGUUGGUGUGACCUGCAGCUUCGUUGCCGCAGCCAGUUUGUCGAAGGCCUGUCCGCGUUGUGAACCAGUUCCUGUAAUUGUUGUUUGUAUGUAUAACUCAAAAGCUCUCAAAUAAGAUAAGAUGUAGAUUUAUUUCAUCCUAUGAUGCAGAUUGAAUGGUUGUACAAAUUUUACUUACUGCUAGUGUUAAGAACUGCGCUUUGGUUUUCGUUUUCAUAUUUUUCCUCCUCUCUUUUUU